AUGAAGAAGGUGCGAAAGCAACAGGCACCCAUGCUGGGUAUUCUGCGCUUGGACUACAACUAUCCGCCGGCCGAAGGCGACAUCGAUCACCCGGGAAGCUACGACUAUGAUGCGGGCCGGCUUUACAAAGCUGAAGGGCUCAGCGAUGCAAGUUUUGAGACUUGUGGGGACGGCUCACGCGCACGCGUGUCUCUUGAACAGAACUCCACUCAUGAAGCAGAUCUCUGCUAUGAGGUUCUCUUCCGCGUGGUUCCGGGCUUCACGUUUGAAAUGGCGCAAGCGGGCAAACUGUCUCCGGAAGUGGAGAAGGCUCCGAAGCAGGUUUGA